AUGAACGAAGAACUGAUCCAGAACUUGGUCUCCGCGGCGGAGUCGUUGUCUCGCUCGGUGGACCGCGCGGAAGAGAAGCUGAAAACGCAAAAGGAAAACAACGCAAAGUUGCAACAGUUGGUGUUUUUUCUCGACGCCGUCGCGAAACGAAAAGAACGACAGGUGAGAGAGACGGAAGUUCGAGUGGCGAAGAUGAAACUCAGAACGAGUACAAUGGAGAUGGAGAUGGAGACAAAAAAGAGGGAGGAGAAAGUGAGAGAGAUUGAGUUACGCGCGUGGUUGGAAAGAGACGAUCGGAAGUUUGAGCAGUUGAAAGAGAAGAGGAAGAAAGCUUUAGAGAAGACGACGACGGACUCGAGUGUGACGAGCGCGUUAAACGCGCUGUUCGAACAACGAGAAGAAGAAGACCAAGAAGACCAAGAAGAAGAAAGAGAAAACAGUAAACGAAGAAAAGAAAAGGAGUGCGAGGAAACCGACCAGAUGUGGUUGCAAAAGGCGAGAGAGAAAGUGCAGCAAGAGUUGGCCAAGUUUAGAGUCGAAUUCCUCGAGAGAGAGAGUUGA